UAAUUUUGAAAAGCUCAUGAUCUCAUGAUCUCCUGAUCUAUAUGUCGUCGUUGAUUCAACAGAUCGAGAGAAAUACAAAAGAAAAUUAACACACUCUCUAUCUCUCUUUAAUUCUCUCAAGUCAAAUCCCUUUAAGCCAGUUUACUCUUACAAAGUUCAAACACCUUAAACAUAACGUACGCGAUCUGGCACUCUCCUAUAUAACAUUACUCUCUCACAGGAUUCACUACUCUCUCUUUCUCUCUCACUCACACACACACACACACACCCAGAACUUCAAUCUAGCUAGCUAACUAGCUCUCUUAUUCAUGUUAACGAUGCGGCACCAACCUCGACCAUCACCACGGCCACACGAAGCCAUGCAGCAGAUGAAAGCAGAAGAUAGAGAGAAAAAACCCAAGUUCUGCAUCAACGACCAUAUAGACAUCCUAAUAGAGAUCCUCAAGCACCUGGAUGGGCCGUCCCUUGGCGUCGCUUCCAGCGUCUGCCGCCUCUGGUGCACCAUUGCCCGCAGUGACUCUAUCUGGGAGCACCUCUGCUUCCGCCACGUCUCCUCCCCACCCCCAUCAUCCCUGCGAACCAUCGUAGUCGCUCUCGGAGGUUACAAGGAGCUCUACAUGGUGUGCGUCCGACCCGUCCUGAGUCGUCUCCUCCACUCGGACCUGGUCAGGAGCAGUGUCUGGACUCGUGACGAGGUGCAACUCUCCCUCUCUUUGUUUUGCGUCGAUUACUACGAGAGAAGACUGCUCGGUGAUACCUCCCCAUCGUCGCUUAUGUUCCUCUGCAAGCCCGUGAACGUCUGACCUAGUAG